UUUAAAUUAUCUAUCAAAAAGUGCUGUGCAUCUCUUAUAGGCUGCAAGUCCUAAAUCAUCUUCAUCUCCCGAUAUAAAAAAUCUUCAAAUCAGGAUUUCUACGAAUUCUUUUCCUCACUGCUUUGAUCGCCUUCUUCAUACGAACACUACGUGGACGGUCAGAUCUUUUUCUAUUACAAACAGAGAAGGUUUCAUUGUACCUGUCAUUGUUGUGGUACCUUCGUUCUCUCAGAUACACCAUAAUACGGGAGCUUUAGCUACUCAUCUUCGAAUUUGAGCAAUGUAUGUAAUGUUGUCUAAUAAAAAAAAAAUGGCCCGGUACACAAACAUUUGUCUAAUUAUCAAGCGUAUGAAGGGUUUUGAAAAUUGUGUUUGGCUCCAUACUUACUUUAUGCAUUCCAUUUUAAUAUCACAACACAAAAUAUUUCAUAAUGUAUCCGCUUAUACCCGCGUGAAACCAGGAAGUCCGUUGACGUGAACUCGAAUAAACGUCUAAUAAUAUUGCUACAAUAUUACAUAAAAUAUCCACUUGACCGAGGUACUCUGAAAUGGGAUUUUUCCUUAAGAAUGUUUUCCAGUAUGGUGUGAAUGGUAAAUUGAUCAAAUAUUGAAUAUUAAAAAACGCAACGCAAUAACAUCACAUUUUUGGUUGUUUGUUUGUGAUGGAUAAAGAAAUGAAAUGAAAUGAAAAUAUCUUUAUUCAAGUAUGCUAUUACAAGCACUUUUGAACCGUCCAAAAAAUUUUUAUUCCUCUACCACUUGUUUAGGACGUCUUUUAGCUGACAAGAAGAACAAGCGAAAGAAACUUACCAUUUUAUAAAACAAAAACUACCGGAUAGAUUUUUAAAAUUCUUUCACCAAUUUAUAGUUAGGUACUCUAUGUAGAACAAGUAAUCUAUACUAGGUAAUAUUAUAAAGAGGAAAAAUUUUAUUGUUUGUUUGCAUUGAAUAGAGUCCCAAACUACUAGACUGAUUAAAAAAUUCUUUCACCUACAGGUGUUACAUCAUAGGCGUAACUAUUGACAAGAAAGUACGCCUAUAUAUUAAAAGGGAGAUAGAGAAUAUGGUGGUUGGUUGUUCUCACAUUAUUUGUUGAAAACAGAUAUAAUAGUUAACCAGCUAGGAGGAGGUUUAUUUUUUUUUGUUCCGCCAUCUGGUGGGUACAGUUGGGUGUGGGCGUUAGGGGUCCCGGUUGCGGCGCGCCGUCGCGCUACUUGGACAUGAUGAGCUACUACCCCUGGGUGGAGGCCAGUCUGCAUAAGUUUAGACAACUCACCAUAUCGAGGAUAAGCAAGCAGAAGUACGUUCUGAGAAGUAAGUGUUCGCUUUACUACAUAUUACGUUCUAUGCAUAUUUAGCAAUCGGAACGAGAUCUCGGUUCGUAUGGUGCAUUACUUUGUUUUCUUCAACGCAAUUUAGAUUUUUAUUCGUAUACUUAAAAUAAUAAAAAAGGUAUUUAAAUAUAUGUAAUAUAUAAGAAAUAAUAUUGUUAACCACAGAACAGAUUCUGACAGAAUAACCAGCGCCGUAACAGGAGAAUUUGCACUUUUAUGUCUUAUCCUUCCUUAGGCAGAGUUUCGAAUGGCCACCACUCUUAAAUUAAUGUAUUUUUAUGGUAUGUUAUCAUUGUGCCUAUGUGGCCAAUAAAAAGACAGCUUAAAAUGGUGCCACAGGAAAAAGCUCCGUCCUCGAUAGUCGAUCGAUUGAAAAUCAGUUAGAUCUCUCGACAAUAAAAUAAUGCAGCCGGUUAAAUAUACAAAGGCGGCGGCGGCGGCGGCGGCGAAGGCGACGCGUCCAGCCACGUGGUGCGCUUCGGUGCGUGCGACAAGGAGGAGCAGAUCAACCUCAUAUACAGGGAAAAGAUCAAUCUGGUCACAGACAACAUGCAGUACCAGUUCAUCACGUAUAAUAUGAGUAUAUACGAGAACGUGGAGUAUUCGUGUUUGACGCUGGAGGUGAAGAACUCGUCCGCCGUGUCGGAGAUGCGCAUCAAACAUUUUUGUCCCAGAGAGCCGACGGGAGCGGUCUGCUACGCGUACAAAGGAACGCUGUUCGAGAUAUCCGUGUACAUAGUAUAUUCGGAUACGUGUCAAUUCGAAAUGAUCGCGUGGGGCUGGAAGAAGAAUAUGACUCUGAUCGACGUCCAGGAGUGGAAGUGGGAGGAGGGAACGUUUUACGCAGAUUUCUCUAUGACCAGAGUGAGUAAUAUCACCGGCCUCGUCUCUUUCUUUCGCACGGAGGUUUCACGAAAAUUGUUCCACCGACCGCAGGAGGAGUACCGCGGCACGCCGGACAUGACCGGCUUCGGGUUCGAGCCGCUGGACGAGAAGAUGUGGGUGCCCGAGUUCGACCUGUGGACCACCACGGCCGUGGACAACGCCACGUGGGACACCACCACGCCGCGCGGCCGCGGGGAGGGUUUGUUGCUCGCUCUACACUUGCUCUUGCCAUGCCCAUUCUAGUUUUGUAUAAUCUGACGUGCCCUUAACUGUACUUUUACAGGUA